AUGUUGGCGGAUGAGGAUUUUGAUAAUGAGGAAAGGCUGGAGGCGGUUAUCAAGAAGCUCGACGCGGACGUAAAGAAGGGGAGGAAGAAGGCGAAGAAGAAGGACACAAGUAGCGAUCCUACGAAUGAGUAUAUGCAGGGCCAACCGUCGCUCCCGCUGGUCGAUACGCCCGAUGCGGAGCUGGAUGAGGGAGGGGCUGGAGGGAAAGAGAAGGUAGAAGCCUAUGAAAGCUUAAGUAUCAUGAACAAGAUCAAGGAGCGCAACCGUCGUCGUGCUGCACUAGGAGAUCGCAAGUCCAAGGCCGCUCAAGCGCGCAUGAAGAGUAUCGCGAGUUUGGCGGCUGACGAGCGCGUGCUGAAGAAGUGGAGAAAGGAGGAUGUGUUCGGCGCGGACUACUCGUACUGGGCGAUCUACCGCAAAAUCAACACAGCAGCCCCCUUCUCAGACGAGGAGGGCGACCUCUCCACGGCCACAACCCUCGGAUCCACACUCCUCGCGCACACGACCCCGCAUUCGACCUACGAUGAAACUACCUGA